AUCCCUGGUCAUUUCGUGUUUCUGUGAAAUUCUCGUAAAUUGCCAUGUGCAGUAUAGGUGAAGAUGAUUUCGGCGACGAGGGAGGAGUCCAUGCCAUGGUGGCAGAGUCCCUGCCCGCUGGCAUAGUUCUGAGCACAGGGGACUGCGCCAAAUGCGGCACAUCAUCCUCCGAGCUGUACAAACUGAGCUUCCGGACGCCGGAGUGCCGUGCUUGCUUUCUUAACUAUGUGAGGCACAAGUUCAGGGCAGCGCUGGGCGCAGCCAAAGUUCUGCCUCGAGAUUCGGAGGUCCUCCUGGUGCUUGAUGGCUCUGCCGAGUCCCUGGUGCUGAUGGAUAUGCUGCACUUCGCCCAGACGCAGAACACAUUCAAAAGGCUUCAUUGCAAUGCUCGUGUGGUCUACGUGGAGGACCAAACACUGCAGCAGGGCGAUUCUGUAGAUGUGGAAUCUCUUCAAGCAUUGUCUCAACAAUACGAACCCUUUGAAUUUCAUGUGAUAGAGUUGGGGGCACCGGCCAGCUCUCUACGCACUAUUAAGGAGUACUCUCCCACCGCUUCCAAAGAAAUCGGCAGACUUGCGAUUAAACUGGAAAAACUGCGAAGCCUUACAGCUCGCCAGGAUUACCUGCAGCAGGAGCGCAAGAACCUAAUUGCUUCAGUGGCCCAGCAGCUCCAUUGCAGCCAUGUUUUUGAAUCCAGUAUAAGUGUGGACUUGGCCACGCAAUUGCUGACGACGAUCGCUUUGGGACGAGGUGGCAGCGCUGCCUUAGAUGUGGCUCUCCUGGAUGACCGACUGGCCGGUGGCGUCAAACUUCUUCGACCCUUGAAAGACCUCAACGAGCAGGAGGUACAGUUCUAUGUGCAUGCCCAGCGACUUAAACCACUUCUCAAAAGUUGUCUCCGGUAUGGCCAGGAGCGCGGAGAGGCCGCCAGCCUGCAGAACCUCACGUCGGCGUUCGUAACCAACCUGCAGCAGAACUACGCUUCCACCGUGUCUACAGUGUUCCGGACUGGGGACAAAAUUGCUCCCAAAACGCACCCUGAACAGGCCAGUUGUGUUCACUGCCAGUCUGCGCUGGAUUUCCAACUCUCAGACACUCUCCUGGCCAUCGAGUAUUCGCGUUCGGUGUCCGAGGCAGGCGUGGCUCUCUACAAGAACGGCGAAGAUCUCGAAGGAAUGGCUAAGAAACGGCUGAAGUCCCAGGAUGGCCUGUGCCAUGCUUGCCAUCGCAUACAGACGGAGUUGGACAGUGUGGUUGCAGCUGCAGAUGACCAUCGAUAGGCGGAACAUUGGAUGCGAGCACUACCUUAUGGAAGUCGU